AGCGUCGCAGGGCUGUCGGCACAGCAGCAGCAAACACCGACAGCCCAGAGAUUCCUUUUCCGUAUCUCCAACUGGUGUCCACAAUGAGCUGCAGCAGCAUCGCAGAGUCGGAGUUUUCCGAGGACGAAUUGGACCUCGGCGCUCUUGGCCAAGGCGAGGACCGAGCAAGUCCGAAGACGCCGUUUGGAGACAGCGAGAGCUCAACCAGCAGCCCCGGUGACCCGGAGGAAGGCCAGAGCAAAAAGCGCUUGAGGCCAGUCCGCUCCAAAGCUCGACGGGUGGCGGCCAACGUCCGUGAGAGAAAACGCAUCAUGGACUACAACCAGGCCUUCAAUGCUCUUCGCGUGGCUUUGAAUCACGACCUGAGCGGCAAACGACUCUCAAAGAUCGCCACGCUGCAAAGGGCCAUCAAUCGUAUCUCUGCUCUCUCCGUAUUCCUGAGCACAAACCCUCCGAGCAAGCCUUGCGCCCACGGGGAGUGCGACCGCUCAGCGGCGGCCAUGACGGCAUCUCGACUUGAUGCCAUCCCUCAUCUGGAGCAUCAGAGCUACGCUCCGUGGCACGCGUCCAUCUCCCAGCAGACGCAGCCCCGAGAGGGCCGUUACGUGGCGAACGCUGCGUCCUCAUGUCCCCCUUCACCGCACUACCCUUGUUAUCCGCCGGAGGGCCAGCUCUACGGCGGCCAUUGUGGCGGCCAGCCGCCCAGCCCUCUGCCCGGAAUGUGGGGCUCCUGCACCCAAGCGUGCGUUGACACUUUUGUGGAGCCUUCUCCACAUUGGGACGUCCCUGGCAGAUGA